AUGAGACCGGCACCUGUUCGUUCGGCUGGGUCGUCCCCCGAGGUCUUGAUGAAGGGGCUUCCCUCUCAGUCCUUUUUUCCUCGGUCGCAAAGUUCCGUUUUUGAAACCGCUCUGGGUCUCUCGGCCCCGCCGUCUGAUUCUCUCACCUUCGUUCGCGACGCUGGCUAUCUUUCUUUUUCGGCCGAGUACACAGCGUCGGUGUCCAGCCCGCGGCUUUCUCUACCGAAGUUCUUCUCUGCACCCGCGGUAACGUCCCCGGGCGAGGCGAUCUGUGCCUCCGCAGGAAGCUCCUCGUCGCCAGACUCUCCGCUGCGCCCUGCCUGCUCGUCUGCUUCGCGUUUGUUGAGUUUUGCACCGCCCGCGCUCCCUCCUUGCGGGCACGCGCCCUCCUCCGCCUUCCCGAGCGGCGCCUCUGGCUCGUCCUCGUCGGCUCAGGGGGGGGCGAGCCUGUGUUCGCGCCCACCGUCUCCAGAGUCCAGGCAGCGGGACGGCGACUGUUCGCCGCAGACCCUCACGUCGGUGCGGAGCGCGGCUACCUCGCUGUCGUCUCGUUUCGUUGCGCUGGCCUCGCACCGAGGCCGAAGGCAGCCGAACUCUUCUCUGUCGUCACUGCCAUCCUCCUGCCUGCCGCCGCCUCGUCCCCGGUCGCCUGCGGGCGUGGCCCGGCGGGGGUCUGUGCUGGCUGCGGCGGUGGCAGCGCUGGCUGGAUCUGUACAGAAUUCCUCUCCAGUUUCCGGCUGCGUUUCGGCUGCGCAGUCCCGAUCGUCCUCUCCGGCCGCCUACCCGACGCGGAGGAAAGACCCCGUUGUUUCCCGGGUUCGGUUGCUGCGAGGCGCGGCGAGCUGCGCGCUGCGUCGCGAUGCGGACGCGUCCUCUUCCCGUGCUUCGUCGCCUCUGAUUCUUUCUGCUAUGCCCUGCCGCUUCCGCGCGGCUACUGAGCAAGCUCGCGUCGAGUCGCCCAUCCAUUUCACCACGCCUGCAUCCUCCCAUGAGCCGUCGCCGGAGCUCUGCGAGGCCACUUGGCCCCCCGCCGCGGGCAUUUGGGUGCGCCCAGCGAGCCCGGAACGCGGCCUUGAAAGCGCAGCCGCGACGCCGCUACAGAGAACAGAGACACUCAGAUCUCAGGGGUACACGCGCUUGUUGGAGAAAGGCCACUGCUGCAAGGACGUGGCGAACGCGCACCCAGGCUCUUCACCACGCGAUCAGCAGGCCUUCGUUGCAGCGAGUCGGGGCUUCUCCUCCUCGUCCUCCCUCCCCUGCGGGCUCAUGCUUGAACGCCGCUCGUCUUCAGUUCCGCGCCACUGCCGGCUGACUCACAGAGGCUCUGAGCGCCCUCUGCGUGCGCGCCCAGCCUGCAUGCAGGCCAGAUGCUUCUCGGACGGCUAUGACUCGUUGGGGCGCUCUCGCGGGGCUGGGGUGCCUCCCCGCUUGGCCUGCCCAGGCGAGCAAACGGAGGAUCUGUCGGGCCGGUCUGCGGCGCCGCCCUUGACCGCGGAGUGUGCAGUUCAGGAGGAAGGUGCAUGCGACGCACAGCUGCAUGAGAGAAACAGCGCCCCGUGGGGCGGGGGCUGGCACCGUGCGCGACAGACCUCCUCGAGUCGGGCGAAGUUCGGAGGUUACGAGGACGUGUGCAAGCGAGAAACCACAGAAACUACCUCUUCGGGCGACCCCGACACUCCGGGCUCGGGCGUGGACGAGGCAGAAGAGUUGCGCGACAGACAGAACGAGGCCAGCGGCGACGAAGAACCCGAAGGUUACGAGAGGCGGUGUGACGCGUUUGAGAGCGAUGCAGCGCCCGCUAUGACUGAUUUUCACCGAGUCGGCGGCGACAGGACGACAACUCUGCAAGAUGCAUUCCCUUACGCGCGCCCCAGACUCCUUCAUCACAGUGCUGCUAUAUCCGUCCAGCGGCGAUGGCGUGAGCGUUUUAGGACGCAGGCGUUGGAGUUCGAGGCUCUCGUUUGCUGCAUCCGUCAAAUCCGCAGCAUGGCUGCCGCCGAAAUUCAGCGGAUCUACCGAGGCUGUCGACUGCGCCGUGUUCUGCGCGAGGAGGUGCACUCGCUGGUGUUGACGCUUCGAGAGGACGAGGUGGCGCCUGCGCCCAGCCAGGAGACGACGACAGAGGGCCUUCCGCGGAAAGAAGGCACCAGAACCGUUGAGCUGGUCGGGGCUUUCGGCGACAAUCCGUGGCAUGACCGAGUGCCGAUGCGUUUCUGCUCCUUGAGGCGCUGCUACGCGGCUGUGCGCCCAUACGUUGCCGGUCGCCACCUCUUCAAGUUCAUCGUCGAUGGCCGCUACCAAUGCAGCUCGCGUUACUCUCAAGUCGAGGACAGCAACGGAAACGUGAACAACUGCAUCGACGUGGUCGCGCCUGUCCCUCCGGCGCUUGCCCUCGCGUCCCGCUUCCCGUGGCCGUGUGCGCGAGCAGCCUUUCUAGCUUCGAGGACCCGCGCGUCGAGUGAGGACUCUCAGGCCCUUGACGCGCCGCUGACAGACUUGUCGAGGAGGGAAGCCAGCAGUCAAGCGGAGCCGGAACGGCCGCGGCGAGUUUUUGAGUUUGAGGGCGCUCCCGAAGCGCGUGGCAGGCUGGAGGGCCCGCUCGGAGGACAGUGUGCGGCGCGGGACGGAAGAGAGUCGACACGCAGCCCGGCUGAGACUACAGGUCCUCGAAGACAGCCGACUCUUCCUGCGCGGACCUGGGAGAGGCUCGAGGCGCCACCAGAGGCGCGCGACCGGCCUCUCCCUCGCAUCGAGUCGGCGCCUUCCUCACUCGUCGCGCUGUGGGAACGGUGCGAAGGCCUUCUGGGCAGCCCUGCCGUCCCUCCCGUCAAAGAAGCCAACUUGGACUUCCGCGGAGACGAGGCGGCGGACGGAGCCGAGCCCAGGCCGCGGACUUCGCCGGGAGUGGCUGCAUGCUUCGCCACGGUCGACGGGCGCUCUGGAGACCCGGGCGCGAUGUGGGAAGAACUGUAUGGCGACGGUUCCGACGUGCUGCGCCGAACGGCGUCAGCAGGAGCUGUUUUUGCGCAGGCUGUCGCCGACCAGGAUGAGGACUGCGACGGCCAGCAGGCUGCAGAUUCCCACCCGCACGCCGAAUUAGCGCCGCUGGUGCGCUUCCCGCGCUGGGCUUGCCUGAGUCGCCGCGCGCGGCAGGAACGCAGUUCGCGGCUCCUGCCGGCUCUGUGGAGAGAGGUCUCGGCGCGGUCGGCGGCGCGUCUAGAGGCACUGGUGGCGUCGCGGAGAGAGGAGACGCCAGCGAGCGGCCUCGCACCUCCGGAGCUCACGCCCUGCCUCGCGUGGAUGUCCGGCGCGGCCGCGUGCGCCCCCGGCGCCCGGCGCGUCCUCGUCCCUCUACACCUCGCGCAUCCGCCGUCUCCGGCAGGGGUUUUGAGCCCACCUAAAGCCCGCUCCGUGUCCAGUCUUCGAGGCGUCAGCCCGGCUACGAACCGCAGCAGUGCGGAAGAUGACGGCAGUGCAGGCGGAAAAGGCGCCCGUUCGCGGCGAAGGCCACAGGCAGAGGACGAAGUGAAGCACAUUCCUCUGCCAUACCACCCAGCGCAAAGAAAGGGGGAGGUGGCAGACGACGUUGCGGCAUCCGUUAAGCCUAGCCGCUCGUCGGCGACCUGCUCUUUCCAGAACCUAGAACGCGACAAGCGGGACUCCAUGUGGCCUUCAGCCGCCAGCACCGCGAGGUCUGCGCUUGGCCUCUGCGCAGCGGCCGCGCAGCGGAGCGAGAAUCAAAUCGCCGGCCCCACUGCGCGGCGGCGGGCCGCGGGAUCGCCGACCUGUGCGUCGCUGAGAGCGGCCUGCGCGUUCGCCGCGAAGAGCGUCACAGGUGUGCGCCUCGUGGAAAACCGGUGCUGCACGGAAGGACAUGUAGGGGCGGCCUCGCUCGCGUUGUUUGAAGGGCGGGCGGGAGGUGCGGUGUCUGUACACCGCGGGGCCGGGAGUCCAGAGGGUCCUGAGGCUUUCAGUUUGUGGCCUCGGCAAACGAGCUGCGCGGUUUCCGCCGCCGUCGCAGAGCACCCCGCGGGAGCUCGAGAGGAGACGCCGGGCGACAGGGAGGCCGUAAACUCGUGUCUCGUGGGCGCGGGGGCACACCCGCAGGGCUCGACGCCGCCGCGGGAGCAGAGCGCCCGAAGCGCGAGGCACCUGCGUGAGCAGACAGUGGAACAGAACAGAAAGGAGCCAGCGCGGCGGAAUCGUAGGAACGCGACUGCAGCGCCCGCUCCAUCCUCAGCGGGUCUGGCAGGGGGCUCCCGAGGGCCGGUAAAAUCGCCGCAGGGGGCAGACAGCAGGCGGGCACGGGUGAGGGGUGAGGAGAGAGGCGCGAAGACGGCGGGUGUGCGUGGCGUCCACACAGAAGCAGAAGUCUGUGCCUCGCUCGCCGUGGCGGAGAGUGAGGCUUUCAUACCGGAGCGUCGAGACUCGCGUGGCGGCGCUCGUAGGUCGUCUCCCAGUUUGGGAGAGUGUUCGCCUCAGGUCGACAACGUGAAGGAUUCAGCUUUGCAUCGGCCGGCGGCCUCUCAAGUUGGCACAGGGACGCCCUGCGAGAGCGACAGGCGCCAACGGGACAUGCUUCUCACUGACGGAAAACUGCCAGAGGCAAAGAACGCUGGCAGCGCGGAGGAGCGCUCCGGAGGGGCCCCGCUAUCGAGCAAGCCGAUGCACGCGCCCGCGCAGGCCAGCGAAGAAGGAAGCGCUCCAGCAGAACGGGCUGCAAGGCGUUUCGCCACAGCUAGUGACCGGUUUGUGACUGCUUUCUCGAAGGUUUCUUGCGAGGGGCCCCGUGAGAAGGUUCUGUCGCUUGUUGGGAAGGGUCGGCGGACCGAACCAGCUUUUUGUCAGGGUAUGUCAAACAGGAAAGGGGAGAUGAAAGAUAUGGGGAGUCUUUGCGGGUCACAUCCCGCUGCAUCGACUGCGGGCGCGCCGGCAGCUUUUCGGCAUUCCGAAGGCCGAAAGAGCGCCAUGGGCGCCUCGGUGCGCGAUCGUUUGGCGGCCGCGAGUGCGGCGCCAGACACCUCCGCAGCUCCGAAUCGUGAGGGCGGCCUCGCCAGGACCCGGGCCUUUCGAGGCCCUUCCACGGGCGCCUGGGGCUCCACUGCGGGCCUCGGCGGAGCGGAGGCAGGGGGCCCCAACCUCUUGGACGACCGCCGCAAAGCCGCGGCCUUCCUUCAAGUGUGUGGAAGUGCCGCGCCUGCAUCCCGAGGCAUCUGCAGCGAUUGUGUGUACGAUGAGAAAGACUGCAACGCUUAUCAAAAGGCAGAGAGCCCCUGCGCCAGGGAUGGAGCGCGAGGCUCGCAGAAAACGAACGUCAGCGGAAGUUGCGAAGGCGCGUCCAGUGCCAUGCCGGGCGCAACAGCGCCCAAGAGCCUCACCGGCGGGAAGCCGGAAAUCCAUUCAGAUGUCAGAUCUCCUGGUGGGACGAUCCACGGAAAGAGAGCUUGGACGGUGGUGGUUGCGCAGGCCUCUUCUCCGCGUUUUCGCUGCCCGCAAGUCGAGGAGUCAGCUGCUGCAUUGUUCGAGUCGGGCAAGGCAGCUCACUCAGACUGGGACCUUGCGUGGGCUCGGGCUUACGCGACGAGCUUCGACAGCAGAUUACUGAAUGGAUCUGAUCUAGUCAUGCCGCACGCACAGGGGCGCGGCGCGAAUGCCAUCGCUCCGCGGCCUGCCUCAGGGAGGCUGGAUGCGGCCCGCACUCCUUUUGACCGAGGCUGCGCGGGAGCGUCAGUCUCUUCUUGCACAGACCGCGUCGGCGAGGCGCUGCGAUAUGGCGAUGAAUCCAGGCGAAAUCGCCUCACUGCCCACAGUGUAGGUACACCGCGUUUCUACGAUAUGCAGGCGGGUCGGCUCGACCCGCGGGAGCACGCGCGACUCCACCGACACCACAGCGGGGGCUGUGGAGGCGAAUACGCAGUCGCGCACGCUUCCUUCAUCAGCAAGCGCAGCAGCAGCUACGGAGAAGUCACCUGCGGAGAGCAGCUUCCUUCGCCGCUGCUCCAACGCGUCUCCCGCUCCAUGUCGCUCCACGGCUGA